UGAACGUAUAAUAUAUUUUCUUAACAAAAUGUUUUUUUGGGGCAGAAAUGCUUUCUCGAACAUGUGAACUUUCAGGUGCCUUUUAAUAACACGUUUUUAUGCCAUCUGUAAAUACAAAUAAAGAAGUUAAAUUACCAGCCUAGUUGGUUUAGCCAAAGAAAAAGACAGUAACCUUCUCGCUAGCCAUGAUUGGCUGAGAUAAUGAGUGGGCUGGACAUGCCGAGAAGUUUCAGAUUGUUCAGCAGGGUAGCAUCUUGUCUAUAAAAUGAGCUGUUCGUUAUGCGUAGAUAAUUCUAUCUACUGCAGUUUUUUUAUGAAGAGGGAAAGUUAGCAAUGCAGAACGGCAAAUAUGUUGCUUCUGCUCUCAAUAACAUUGCUGCCCUGAAUUUAUCAGGCGCUAUCGACAAAGGUCAGUGGUAAAAAGAUGUGAUGGACUACUUUCUGGAGGACGAUUGUGUCAUUCUGACUCUGAAAAUUAAUCAGACGAUGAGGAAAUCCCUGAUGUUAGGUAAAAACAUUUUCAGUUGAAGACAUUGGAGUCUUCUGAUGAUGGUGAUGGGGAAGAAACAGCGAUCAACAGUGUUGUCACGAAAGAAGUUGACCAAAUUUUGAAAUCCGUGGAACACAACGGGCCAAACAAGCUGUGCAAACUAAACGGAAACAACACAGGAUGUCUUUUAUUUAAUCAAAGGGGUUGCAGGCUGCCAUGAAGCUUUCAUCCAUGUAUAUGGGUGGCUAUGGUGGAGGUACAGCUGGAACAAGAUCAUGUGUAUCCCCAAGGGCUGCUGAUAGCCUUCAGCGCCUGCACCACUGUCCUUGUGGCAGUGCACCUUUUCGCCCUGAUGAUCAGCACCUGCAUCCUGCCAAACCUGGAGGCUGUCAGCAAUGUUCACAACUUGAACUCGAUCAACGAGUCGCCCCAUGAGCGCAUGCACUGCUACAUUGAGUUGGCCUGGGCCUUCUCCACUGUCAUUGGCACCCUUCUCUUCCUGGCCGAGGUGGUUCUGCUGUGCUGGGUCAAGUUCCUGCCCCUCAGUCCCUCAACUGUUAAAAAUAGCACCGACAAUUAUGGAAGGGCGGCAGCCAUUGUCUCCACCUCCAUUAUGGUGCCGUUUGGACUGGUUUUUAUUGUGUUCGCUGUGCACUUCUACCGCUCUCUAGUGAGUCACAAAACUGACCGUCAGUUUCAGGAGCUGGAGGAGCUGUCCAAUAUCACCCGGCUGCAGAACCAGCUAGACUACAGGGCGGAGACAACCAGUCUGCAGCCCUCCUCCGACUUUCCCUGAUGGGAGCACAUACAAGUAGGGAGUAGGAGCAGUACACAGCUGUAAGAAAUGUAUUAUUGACUUUUUUUUUUUUGUAUCUAUUUGCAUGAGCACCAUGAGAAAGGAUACUUUAUAUAGUAAAAUCAUUUCUUCAGAUGUUUUGUAUUGGGAUUUGGACUCUGCAUUAGGCAUUUUUCUACUUUUGUAAAUAGUUGGAGAGGUCAGAAGAAUUUGCUUUGUAUUGUUCACUAGUUUGGAAUCAAGCCACUUUUAAAAAAAACUUUGCAUGUCUAUUGUCUUCCUUAUGGCUUCAGAAACAGAUCUGAGUAGCUGAAUGUGAGUGAGCAUCUGUGUGAAAUUGGUUUUUAAAUGUUUUGUAUAUCAUUACAUAGAUGAUAUCUGUAGUUGUCACAUACAACUACACUAAGUUCUGUCUAAGGUGGCUGGGGAACACAGUGUGCGAUGAACAUACUGUAAUAACAUUUUGAAGUAGUUGGAUUUUAAUUUAACAAAAUGAUAACUGGCCAAUUUCCAUGAAAGAAACUGAUCAGAGCAUAAUAUGUAAUAACUGCUGUAAUAGUGCUGGUGCAAGGGAAAAGCAGAAUUUAGAUUUUUAGUCCGUCUGGAAUAUA